AUAAAUGUCGCGGUUGAACACUCAAGCAUUCACUGCACGCCAUUUGUGGUGAUUCAAGUCACGCAGCACCGCUUUAAAACUACAUGUUCCAAUAUCAGACUCAUUUAUUUUACCUGCAGCGAUUCAUAGUCAACCACUAAUUCAUCAUUAAGCGAUCAUCAACGGUUAAAGACGUUAAAGACACUUAUAGCCCUAAAACGGUUAACACCACUCAGACGCUGGAGCUUACCAUCUUAUAUAAAGAAGUCAGUUACAGACGAAAUCGUCUCGACUUGAAGUAGAUAUUCAUCCCUCAUUUAAGAGCCCACUCAGCCAACUGUCUGACCGGUACAGAAGGAAGUGAGCAUCUACAGAUAUCGAAAUCGAAAGUGGCUAUUUUUACUGAGUUGUUAAACUGUGAAUUGCUUGUCACCUCUAGGUGUUAACAACAAAAACAGUUUUGAUUACAGCUCAGCUCGAAGGAUCGCCAGCUUUUUGACGAAGAACUCAGUAACGUUACGGCUUUCCAGUGAUUUCGCAGAGCGAUAAUAACAACAGAUUAUGUGAAGACAGAGGAAUGAACUUCUUAAUAGGACGAGUGUAAAUCCAAUUAGCUUACGACAUACCCUUAACAAAACGACGGUUGGUAAGGAGACUUCAGCAAAUCAAUGGUUUGUUCUAAAGAAGAUAGCUGGAACCAAACAAAAAUGGAGUGUGGGGAUAAGAACAGUAAAGCCAAUAGAUCAAUCGAUAUACUGACACCGGAAGGGAAGACCCUAACGCUAAGUUUGGGAGAAAACACGGAUAUACGGAAAAUCAAGAAUGAGUGUGAGCUCCUGUGCGGUGUACCAUCUGACUUGCAGCUUAUACAACUUCAAGGCAGAGACCUUAGUAACGACAGCACUUUAUCUAGCCUUGAUAUAUCGGAUGGCUGCACUUUGAGAGUAACAGUACCACAAUGGUGGCAAAAAUUUGUUAGCACGUGUUACAAAGGCGAUACACAACAAGUAAAAAAGCGAAUCUACGUGAAGAUGAGCCAGGUUUCGCGGGAAGAACGCAGUUUUACAGCAGCUUUUAUCGCGGCCACACAAGGAAAUCACAAUCUUAUGUUUGCGGCGUUCGUGGGAAGAAAGAUUAACCUCCACAGCAAAACUAAACUGAGCGGUAGAAAUUUGCUUCACGCUGCAGUUUCUGGAGGAAGUACGAGUUGCGUUGCAAAUGUUUUAAUGAACGGAGGAAACGCUCUGUUGGAAGCGGCUGACAAUACAGGAGAGACUCCGGUAAAAAUGGCCCAAAAACUGUACGGCGAAGAAGGGAGCAUGGUUAAAUUUUUGAACGUCUAUCUUGAGUUACAUCGUCGCGAAGCUAACAAUUCCGCCUUCGCCAACCGUUACUGGGACAACCUUGAGGAAAACAUCGAGUUUACUCGUACCGAUAAAGAAGAAAGUAGUGACCAUGUAGACCUUUCGAAAUCACGUGAAAAUUUAAUUACCAACCUUCAAGAACUCAACAUACACCAUGAUGAAGCUGCAAGGAAGUAUUACAGUGAAAAUGAAUUUUUGGUCAACAACUCUAAUCAAGAACAUUCUUCAGUUGGCAGAGUAAACAGUGAGAACAAUGACGCCAAUGCAGGUGAAAAGUUGUUGGUUGUCACUUCUGGUGAGGCUGAGGGAAUGCAAGAAGACAUCGGCGAUAAUCCUAUUGGGUUAAGCUUCAGUGGACAGGGUUCUGGGAUGAAUACUGAUACCGGGUACUACAGCAGUUGCAACCAGAGCGUCAGAAAAGAUGUCACCAAGUUGUUAUUGAAUGAAGAUUUAUUUGUACAAUCAAAUGCGGCCACAACGCAGUCAGAACGUACUAAACAACAGCUAAAUUUAGGAGAGCAAACAGAAACUCAUGCAAUUGCAAAUGAUAGUAACAAUCAGUCAAUAUCGCUGGUUGACACUUCCGGUGAUCGCGAUUCGGACACCAACCGCUGGUCCAAGCCUUGCAGGCGAGCGCAGCAACGAAAACUAGUUUUUCUUGAACAAAGAAGAAAGCGGUCUACCACAGAAAGGCCAAAUUUAGAUGAACUUGCGAAAUUGCGCUCAGAUAGCAUUGCGAAAGAAGCACAAGAAAGUGAACAGACAGAAUCACGUGAUGACGAGAAACAAAUUACAGAGUCGCGUGAGAAAGAAAGUGACACCAGCACGUGUGGUGCCGUUAUAAGUAUGCGGCAAGGUGAAGAGACUAGGUCAGCGGUUUCGUCGUCCAUUCACGAUCAAUCCGACGCCAGUCAUUCCCCUAAACCACUAAGAAGAGCUCAACUUCGAAAAAUGUCGAUAAUUGAGCAAAGAAGGAAACGGUCCAAGGUGGAAAGGCCCAACAUCGCAGAACUUGAAACUGCUACGCAGAACAAUGAGGGAUGUGGUAAUAAGGAAGAAAAUUAUGACAACAAUCCAAAUAGAACUCCUGAAGGAAAACGUUCAGACAGUAGUGGUAAUAAUCUUGAGAAUAAUUCAGUAGAGGACAUGUCAAGUGGAAUGCAAGAGCCAAGCGUAACUGGGUGCGAUACUAGAGUUAAUUUUGAAAAGAAUGAGGAAGAUCACCGUAGCGUUAAUUUCCAAAAGCUCACUGAGGGACCCAAACAGUCGGCGGAACUAUUUGAAGAUGAAUCUCCUGCUGCAAAAUACGUGCUAAAGAUUUGGCAGGAACAAGCACAUGAAGCGGAUAAGGCUGGUUUGUCGGGCGAAGAAUCGGACACUGGACGCUCUCCCAAAUUGUUGCGGAGGGCGUUUCGAAGGAAGCAGGCUUAUAUGGAACAAAGAAGAAGGAAGUCUGCAACAGAGAGACCGAACCUCAUUAAAUUGAUGAGCAGAAAUAUAGACGACGAUGAAGAUGAAACCAAAGAUGUCACUGACAUGGAAAGUGAAGAAAAUGGAGAGAAUAAACCCUCUGGGGCUGAAAACAAUUUUUAUGCUUUGUUAAUGAACCAAGGAGAUAUCACUUCAGACAUUCCAGUGGAUUAUAGCGGGGAGAGGUUUUCAAUGAAAGAACAGUCCUCGGUAGAUGAUAGCAUAAAAGGACCAUCUUCACAGGUGCCAAGAACUAGUGACAGAAUACCAAUAAGGACAGCACAAAGAUGCUCCAACAAUGGCCCCCUGCUGGAGGGUCGUGCAAGGAAAAGCAUUUCUUCGGUAAGUGGAGAGGAAUCAUCAGGCAGCGACCAAGAAAAAGUGGUCAAAGAGACAGUCGCUCCUAUCGACAACUUAACAAAGACGGGAAGACGAAGGCGUUUGCCUUUGCCACCAGAGAAAAGGAUUAAACUGCCUGUCAUCAAGAUAGAAGCCAGUGAAACUUCUCAAGUGAAUGUCAGCAUGAAAGCUCCUCAUCCGCCACUUGGUAGAUCACGUUCAGGAUCUAUGUGCAGCGAGGACUCUGUGUCAUCAGUGCCGGAGUUACCUUCAGAGAGAAGGUAAGAGCUGGGUGUAAAAUAUCCUCUGUCUAUCUCAGUCAAGCAACGGUUCCAGGGAUGUUCAGAAUAGCCUGUAGGGAAGCUCUUCAUUUGAGCGAUAUCGUGAGAAGUCACGCGCUAGCUCGUUGCCCGACAACUUUUUGGCAACUUCUCGUAUUUCGAUCACCUUUUUGCAUUCUGGUCAAUUUCUCUAGUUUCCUACCAAUUCUGAGAUAUUUCUUUUGGCCUUGUUUCCAUAUUUCACAAUGUUUUAGUGGACAAUUUAUGAACUUCCUGUGAAAAAGGAGCCAGAUCCUCCCCCACCCACUGUGGCCGAUCAUGGGCGCAAAUGCAUGCAGCCGGGCUUCUAGGUCAGCAGUUUUUGUAAAGAAAAUCCAAAAUGGCGGACGAAGAUUUACACUCGACUGACUCGAGUGUCUCAGUGAAGAUCAUUCAACAAUUUUAUUGGCUCAUACUAGAAUUUUUACAAGAUUGAUAUCAAUAUUCAUGUGUAGUCUUCAGUCAUCCAUUUUUUGGUUUUAACUGAGGACAAAGUUAUUCAGAUACGCUGGUUGGGCCGCAAAUUUGCACAAAAAUCCUCAGUAGAAAUCUUACUUUUUUUGUACAAUUUGCAUAUUUUGCAUCAGAUCAGAAUUUUCGGCAACUUCCAGUAGCGAAUAGAACACUGCAUUUUCCAAACUUUCCGACAAAAAGGACCACUUCGCGUGAUAUACCCAAAUUUUCAAAAAUUUCUUCCCGGAACUUUUCUUUCCAUUUAACUUUGCUCCCAGAAUUUUCAGAACUCUCGGUUGAAUAAUUCGCAUCUCAGAAAUUCAACGGUUCUCGCACUUUCUGGAAAUUUUCCCGGUAAAUUUCCGUACCAUUUGCCACCGUUUUCAAAUUUUCAGAAGUUUAGGUGUAAUAUAAAUGCGAUUAAUUCUUCUAUAUAUAAGAUCAAAAUAAACAUCUUUUUAUCUGAAAUGUUGUGUAUUGUCGUUCUCGCAGCUGCAAACGACGAAUUAUAGCGAUUUGACUGAAGGGGGAAAUGGGGUGAUGUUGAAGUCGAUAAGCUUGAGAGAACGAAUCACGACAUUUGCAAACAGAGGAUUUCUGCUAAUAAACAUGGGGCGAAACGUCUCAAGCGGUAAUAAUUGGCAAAGAAAUAUCUUCGAAGGUAUGUAACAACUUUAGAAGUUGAAAAAGUACACAACUGAUUGGAAUACCAUUUUCUUUUUUCUUCUUUUUCAUAGUGAAGUUGAAAUUGCUUGUACCGUUAACUCCACAAGUUUACCAGUGAAACAGAGGAGAAAAAGUGUUCCAGACAGCCCCUUCAACUUUAACCAGAACCAGCCAAUUUUCAGGACGAGAAAAGGCUCUGUACAGGUGGAGGAGAUUGAAGAACAAGGGUAAUGAUCAAUAUAAUCGUUAUAGCGCCUUUCAGUCUUUAAAGUAAACGCUUUUGGGUGCCACUUCAGACACCAUGUGACAAGAACAGCAAAUUCAUUCAGAAGUCGUACAAUCGGACAACCUUUCCUUUCGUUUGUUUGGCAGCCGGGUAAAGAGGGACCUUACGAUCCGAUAACUUUAGUUGAGAAUGGAUUUUAGGUUGGAGCUGAACAGCCGGGACGGCGUCCAAAUUCAGACAAAGAUAGUAAAAUUUAUCUCCUUACCAUUCCCUUUUACGAGUAAAAGACGGCCAGAUUUAACGCCUCAAUAGUAAGGGACGGUUAGGAAAUUUACAAUAAAGUGUGAUGUAUGAUGUACGCGGAGUUGUUGUUUUGCUCACUAAGGGUACGUUCACAUGACAACAGACGAAUUUUCGACCGCCUGAAAAAAUCAUUUAUUGUCAUUACAAUGAUAAAAACUUUACAAUAUUAAAAGAGAUAUCCUAAAUAAAAUACAGUCUCCUAAAAAAAAAACUAAUAAAAAUACUGUCUACUAAAACUACUCUAAAAAUCAUACUAAAACUAAUUAACCGGACUCCUCGUACAGAGACCGUUCAAUAUUUUAGCACUGUUCACACGGAGCUUUGAACGGCGGCUAAGAGUCUAAAUUUUCGUACUUUAAGGGUGAUUUCGUGAGAACGAAACACCUAAACGUACGAAUUUCCAAUCGGUCGAAAAUUCACACCAUUCCGGAUAGCUUUUGCGUUGGCAUGAAAACCAGAUAGGGAUUCUGUUCACACAGAAAAAACGGUGAUUUUGGCGCCAUUUCAAUGAACGUAGCGAAACUUCGCCGCGUCGAUCUCUGAAAUGGAGAGUCACCAAAAGCUAUCCGGUAUGCAGUGUAACCAAUAGCCUAGACCUAUUUCUUUUUUUCAACGUUUCCGUUGCUGUCGCCGUCGUAUAUUCGUAAGGUCCAUAAUAGCCUUUUGCAGCGUCUCUUACCUGCGCUUAAUUAUCAUUUGCUGACCAUGACUUGGUUGCUUCAACAUUUACAGGUUUGGUGUCAGUCCACAGCUUCGCGCAAGAUUAGAGCUUCGCGAUAAGCCACGUGAAAGCCUACCAUGGAAUGAGUGGAAAACAAAGGCGCGUUCAGGUUCACUUCCUGGCAAAAGCAGCGAGAAUACGAAACACGAACUAUACGAGCAAAAUGUCCGCCUUUUCGCGUGGAGCGAAAAUAAACGACCGCAGACCGCUAAACAUGGUAAUUCCCGGAUGUCUUUUACCGAGUGGCUUGACAGAAAGGAGGCCUCGGCCGAGAGAAUGAGGCCCGUGACUGCUGCCGUACGGAGGCAGCAAGAUCACAAAAGAGAUUUUGAACAUGAGAGACAGUGGCAGAAGUCAAAAAAACAUGAAGAAUGGCUGCUGAAAAAGGAUUUAGAGGCCUUGGAACAGGAAGAAAUGUUGAGAAGAAAAGCGAAGGUAAAGUUUCAAAAGGCGCAUAAAAAUAUAAAUAAGAGAGUUUAAGGAGAUCUAGAAAAGAUAUCCCAUUUUAAGGGCUUUUUUGCUUUUUUCUGGUGGACAGCAUUCAAACUCUACUUUUGCGUAGACGCACAUUUUCCCGAGGAUUUUAAUUUCCAUUUAAACUCAUCCAUCAUAUGUUUAUUCCUCUAACGUGCUGUCAAAACGAGAACACAAAACUCAAUGACUUCGGGUCAGUGUUAUAUUAGGUCCAGUAACAGGUUUGCUCCAGCCCCCAGUUGCUCAUAGGUGGAUAAAUCUCUAUCCAGUGGAUAGCGCAAUUAGUUUCCCCAAUACUUAUCCACUGGAUAGUGAUUUAUCCGGUGGAUAGCGCUAUCCAACGUUUGAACAACCACAGGGCAGCCACACAAUCUAUUCGUGUAGCCGAUUGUUA